AUGGAGCUCCUGUCGCAGUGGGUCACGAAUCCGGCCACGCGUGUUCCAGCACCACUCUAUCACAGCCGGGUGGAGACUCUCCCUGCCAGGCUGUCGACGUUUGACCAGCCGUCUGAGGAUGUGAAGGACCUUCACGAGGUCUUGCCUUUGUUGGGCUCCGAGCUGAAAAAGGAUUAUGGUGAGAAGGUUUGUGAAAGCGAGGGUGGAAUUAGCGAGUUCUCUGUUAUGGAGAAGAGGGUAGAAGUGGAAACUGUUGUCCCGAAAGACGCGCAAUCGGAAAUUAGAGGGCUCAACUCUGAGGAGAAAGAGAAUGAUGAUGUGUGCUCAAAGGAAUCGCUAAUGAAGGAUCUGAAAACAACACUAAUUAGUUACGCCACAGAGCUAGUCAACGACGGUUAUAUGUGUAUGGCAUUAGGAAGAGUGAAGGGCAGUUGUGUGGAAGGGCUAGCAAGCUAUUCGAUGGGCCUUGCAUUAUCCAAAACAACUGCAUCACCACAUGUGAGCACGAAGGCUUUCAAGAUGGGAAAUAUUAGAGAAAAUCGCCAGAUUAGCAUGGAGAAAUCCUUCCAACGCUUCGCCCAAUUUAUGCGCUAG